CAGACGCCAUCGUGUACAAAUUCCACAUUCUGCGAAUUAACCCAAUGGCAAAAGAAGCUCGGUGGGCGUUAUCAGACAAGCUCGGAGCAGGAUCUGAGCUAAACUCGGAAUCGGACCUGAACUUCUUGUGGGUACAUUUCUGAAGAUGGAAGUGCAAAAGAAACCGGUACGCGUCAUCGCAGCGGCGUGCAAAGGCAGAGGCAUUGGAAAAAAUGGCACACUGCCCUGGAAAUUACCAUCUGAGUUCCAGUACUUUCUCAGCAAUGUUACACAAGUCUCAAAACCAGGAAAGUUCAAUAUGUUGGUGUGGGGCAAACUGAGCUGGUUCUCCAACCCUCAGACUAUGUUCCCAAUGGCUAAUGCUUUACAUGCUGUACUGAGUGAAACACUGGAGACAGUCCCAGAUCAUGCCCACUUCCUUUGUCGAGAUCUAGAGAGUGCUCUCCUUUUGGCUGCGAAGUAUCCACUUGCAGACUUGAUUGAGACCAUAUGGGUUCUUGGAGGCACUCGGGUCUACAAGGAUGCACUGGAUCAUCCCUGGUGUGAUUUGGUUUUCCUGACAGAUAUUAUGGCUGAAUUUGAGUGUGAUGUUUUCUUCCCUGAGAUGGAUCCGCAAGUUUUCAAAAAACAGGAAAGAUUUGCUGGAGUGCCAAGUGGAACCCAUGAGGAGAAUGGCAUUAAAUAUGAAUUCCAGGUAUUCAAGAAGAAAGAUUCACAAAGAUGAAGAGAAUUUUUUCAAUGACACCAGUGAGGUUAAGUGACCAUUUCAAUGUCUGUUAUGUUGUUGUAAUGUCACUGUGUGUGGUAAUAGUUCUCAUUGUUAUAAAAACAUAUAUGGUU